CACUCAGUUACACCAAAGCUUUAACCAUGCAGCAGCUCAACUCAUCCAACAGCUUGCUCAGCGCUCCUGUCUCGACUGAAAACCUGAUUGCCAGUAGUGUUCUGGGAGUUUGCUUCAUACUGGGAGUCCCUGGUAAUAUUGCUGUAAUGGUGCGUCUUGCUGGAUGGCUGAAGAGAGGCAGCUUCACCCCUAGACUGAUGCUAAGCCUGGCCGUAUCAGAUCUACUCACUCUGAUUUCUCUGCCAGUUUGGAUUUGGACUCUUCUGUAUGGCUGGGUGUUUGGCUUGGUCCUUUGUAAGCUUCUUUCCUAUAUGGUGUACUUAAGCCUCUACUGCAGCAUACUUUGUAUGAUUUUGAUGAGCAUGCAGCGAUACAUGCAAGUGCUGCAUCCUGAGAAAUGGAACAAGGUUGGAAGAAAAGGAAAGAAGAUCCUUUUGAUUGGGAUGUGGAUGUUAAGUGCAGUUUUAUCGUGCUAUGCUCCUGUACAGCGCACUCUACGCUCGGAUAGGGAACAACGACUUCAGUGCAAGCUCAGAUAUCGGAAUGAUGCAGAAAGAACGGCUACUUUAAUCUGGGAGAUUAUAAUAUUUGUGGUUUCAUUCCCCACAGUAUCUUAUUUCUACUUUCACCUUUACCGGGGAGUUAAUAACUCAGCUUUCUUCAGUACUAACUCAGUGACAAGGCUGGUGACCAGAAUUGUGGUUUGUUUCUUCAUUCUUUGGAUUCCAUUUCACAUCAUUAACACUUUGAUCAUCAUUGCUUUGUUGCUUGGGAAUGACCGUCUGUUAAGAUCUGCAGAAUCUGGAGAGAAUAUCACUGCAGCUCUGACUUUCAUUAAUAGUUGUGUGAACCCCUUCCUGUACGCUUUCUCUGCUCGAGCUCUGCGUCAACACUCAACUGGAACUGAGAAUUCUUCGUGACGUAGAGGUUUCAGAGAGUUUAUUGAUUUUCUCUGAAAGCCAGUGAUUUGUUCAAACUUAUGCAUGUACCUAACCCUACUUCUGCUUGUUCUUGUAACCUUGGUAACUUUAACCGGGGAGAUUUUACUGCUUGUGGUUUCAUUCCCCACAGUAGCUUAUUUCUACUUUCACCUUUAACAGGAAGUUAAUAACUCAGCUUUCUUUAGCAGUCACUCAGUGACAAAGAUGGUGACCAGAAUUGUGGUUUGUUUCUUCAUUCUUUGGAUCCCGGUUAAAAUCUCCAAUGUUGUGAUUAUCAUUGCUGCACUACUUGGGAAUGACAAUCUGUUAUCAGAAUCUGGAGACUAUGUCAGCAGUGGUGUAAUGUAACAAAGUAAAAUUACUUCAUUACAGUACUUAAGUAUUUUUUGAGAGUUUUUGUACUUUACUUGGGUUUUUAUAUUUCUAUCAACUUUUACUUUUAAUUUUUUUAAACAAAUUCUAUACUUUUACUCCGAUACAUUUUCUGUUCGGCAUUUUCGUUACUUACUACAAAAAAACCUGUGUCCAAAUUUGCGGUAAGUGAUGUGGUUAGUGAUGACUUCAGGCUAUGUCCACACGUAGCUGGGUAUUUUUAAAAACUGAGAUUUUCUACUUCAUUUUUUUUUCAUUCUGUCCACACGACGGUUAAAGAUAUCUUUGUCCGCAUGAAAACGCAAAAGUGCUGUUAAGCACUGUUAGGAGCAUGCCUAGCCAAUCAGAAGUCCUGUUAAGCACUGUCAGGAGCAUGCCUAGCCAGUCAGAAGCCUAGACAAAACUUUAUUACCGGUUCUGGUAGUCAACAAUGGCCCGUCACGUGAAAGCAAUGCCCUUGACAUUCGAAAAUUUAAUUGUAGAAUGUGGAAGUCCGACCGGAUCUCAUCCAAAACCGCCAUCACUGUGUGUGUUGUCGGAGUUUUGUAUGCAGCAGCAGUGAGCUUCGUAUUACAUUGUGUGAGUAACUGCGCGUGUAUGUGCACGCAUGUAAAAAGUCCAAUACACGAUGUUAACACAGUCAGUAGUUUACGUAAGUCUGCUAUUGCACAAAAUAUCUUCAUAAACAAAGCUGACAUCAAAUCAAGGAGACCGACACACAGACAAUGAUGUCAAUUAGUCAAAAUCUCCGUUUCCCCCAUCCACAUAAUACCACUGAAAACGGUGAGUUUUGGAAAAUCUUCACUUUGGAAGGAGUUUUCCAAAAUCUCAGUUUUCAACGACCUCAAACUGCAUUAGCAUGUGGACGAAAGGCCAAAACGCAGAGAAAAAUCUCCCUUCUUAAAAAUCCCCGGGUAUGGGUGGACAUGGCCUUAGUUACAAGUGCACAUGUAUGGUAACACUGAUACUGUACACUUCAUUACAAUACAGUUCUAAAGGCCUCCUCUUUCUUUCAUGCAAGUCUUAUUUUUUUGGAGGUGCACUUAUUGAGAAGUUUACGAAAGAAAGAAAUACAGAAUAAAAUUCAUAAUUCUCCAAAUUAUUACAGUCUUGCUUUUUUUUUUUAUUAAUUUACUUCUACUUUUACUUUCCAUAUUUGAAUACAUUCAUAAAAAUACUACUAAGUACAGUUUAUUUCAGAUACUUUAAGACUUUUACUCAAGUAGAAUUAUAAUGGUUGACUUUAACUUUUACUUGAGUCAUUUUCUAACAAAAUACCUGUACUUUUACUCAAGUAUGGCUUUUGGGUACUUUAUACAACACUGUAUGUCAGUACAGCUCUGACUUUCAUUAACAGUUGUGUGAAUCCAUUCCUGUAUGCUUUCACAACAGCAAACAGCUGGAACCGAUGAUGCUUAGUUCUUUGAAAAUAGAGAGGACAGAGAGAUUUGAUGCACUUUUCUGACAGCCUGUCACAGACAUUGCAUUUUAAGACACACCAUAUAAAGUUAUAUGAAUAAUUUUGCAUAUUCUUGCAUAUAUUUUUUUUGCAUCUUCUAAUUCUUUCUUUUUUUUUAUUACACCUCACAUACCUGAGGCUGUAUGAUUUUUCAAACUUUUACUAUAACUAAAUACAUUUGUGUAAUGCUAAAGCAUAAUGGCUUAAAACAA